GUGACUGUGAAUAACGUUUGCUGAUUACUUGCAGAUAGAAUGGAGUGUCUGUUUACAAAACACACAGUGAAUGAAUGAAAUCCUUUUUCUAUUAUGUCAUCACUAGCUAAGGAAAAUGAAUCAAAGAAAGUUGGUCGGCUUUCUCCCUAUGAUUCAUUUUUUUCUGAAGGGGAUGAAGUAUGCUGUAUGUAUAAACGGCUAGGAGUAUUUGAUGUUGACAGUGAAGAAUUGUGCCACAAACAAGUUACAAAUCUUGUCUGCGAGAUACCAGGAUGUGGCACAGAAUUACAGUCUGUUAUGGAGUUGGAACUACAUUACAAUUCCAUCCAUCGAUACACAUGUGCAACUUGUCGCAAGUCGUUUGCUUCUGCACAUUUGCUAGAUUUACAUAUUGAAGAAACACAUGAUUCAUUUUUUGCUGUUCAAGCUGAGCGAAAACCUAUGUAUCGAUGUUUAAUUGAGAAGUGUUCAUCAAAAUUCAGUUCAAGUCAGGAACGACAUGGACAUUGUGUUGAUUGUCAUGCUUUUCCACCAAAUUUCCGAUGGAUGACUCCUAAGGUAACAAAGCCAAAAGCUUUUAAAGUUGGAUCUCAGGAAGGAAAGAGAGCAACCCACAGGGUUGGGUGUCCCAGUGGUUUUGAAUGUGGUGUAGCAAUGGAUGUAGAUAAUUCUGCAGAAAGUAGUAAAUCUGAAGUUAAUUUUGUGAAACCUAUCAAAGGUAUUGUGUUUGGUAGGGGACAGGUUAAGAAAUCGUUUAAAAGUAAUGGAACUGAUUGGCAUAAGAGAGUCGUGGACAAAGUUCAAGAGCCCAGUGCUCUUGAGAGUUCAGAACUAAGUAAAGACCUUAUGGACACUCUUCCUGAUGUGAUCCCAUAAAACUUUGCUUAAUGCCCUGAAGUUUUAAUAUUUUCUUUGUAAGUCUUCUUAGUUAAACCAGUUAAACAAUUAGUGCACAGUAUAUUUUGAUUUUGAGUUCUUCGUCAAAGUCUGUUUGUAUUGUAUGCUUCCUUCAGUAUUUCUCUAUUUGGAAAAAAAGUAAAUAGUAAAAUCCGUUAA